AUGAACAAUGAUUAUGAGGAUUAAGAUGAGAAUAAUUUGAAUGAUCUUGAAAACUUAGAUAUUAGUAAAGUAAUUUAAUCGAAGUAUAAAUAAAGGAGAGUUGGGAUGUAAAUUUAAUCCUUAUACAUCUUAAGUUCAUAGAAUUAAUAAAGAGAGCAUUAGAAAGUCAGAUAAAAUCAAAUAGCACCUGAUUUACCAAUUCAAUAAACUUAAAUCAAUUAAACUAAUUAAACUACUCAAUCAGAAGUAUUAGUUUCACGAUCUGAUAACUUAGAAAAUGAUUAAAAAUUGAUAACAUUUAGAUGUCAAAACAAUUAAAAUAAAUAGCCAUAAGAAAAACAAAAAAAGAAUCAAAGUAAAUUUGUAAUAUGAAAUAAGAAACCUUUUUUACUUAAUAUAAUUCUUGCAGAAUUUGUGGAGAUGGAGAUUCUUAAGAGAGUCCUUUGAUUAAGGCAUGUGAAUGUGUGAGGUCAAGAUAUUAUGUCCAUGAAGAAUGUUUAAAACAAUAAAUUUUAGAUGAAUAUAAUUACAAAAUAAGAGGAGCAAAAUGUUCUUCAUGCCAAGUUUAAUUCAACAUGAUUAUUGAGGGAAACUUUAUCUUUCUUCCUGUAAAUAACUUUUCAUUUAUUAAAUAGAAAUUGGGCUGGUAAUAAAGUAAGGACAAGAUACCAUUAUUUUGUUUAGUGAUUUUUUAACUGGUGCUGAUAGUAAUUGUUAUUUUACUAUCAAUAAGAUUGUAAAUUUAAUAAAUAAAAUUUAGAACCUCAAUCAAGGAAACCAAAAAUAGAUAAAACUUUCUCAAUUCUAAGGUUUUCAUUAUUCUUUUUAUUGUUAUUUGUUGCAUUAUUAGCAUUAUUUUAGUUUGGUUAAUCACAAUGAUUUUGAAAAACAUCCUGUAUGUGGAAAAAAUUACAAAAUGGAAAAUUAUCCCCUACAUCAUCAAGCAACCAUCCUUUGUUAUUUAAUAGAAUAUAGAAAUUGAUAAAAAAGGAAUGUUACAACUUUAAUAAAUGAUCUAACAAUAAGAACAAAAUCACACAGAUGAAGAUCUAACUAAGUCUAUGUUCAUUAAUACGACUAAGACUUAGUAUAAAAGAUAUUUUACUUCCCUAAAAUUAAAAUAAUCAGACAGUUUGAUUUCUUGA